CGGAUGUCAGUCGAAAUUCUUGUCCCGGAAAUGUUCUUCGUGUGACAGUACAAAGAAAUGAUGGCCGUCUACAGAUAUUCCUUUUUAAGAGGAAUGUGUCGUUAAAAAAGGAACAUUUGUAAAUGAUCGUGUAGGGUGACAGAUUUGUACAAGAUGGGGGUUCCACAUUUCCAGAAUAUCCAGACAGUCGCAGUGCUUUAUGUGGUGUUGAUGAGACUAGCUGUGAUCGACACGACAUACUUGGCUCCAGAUCUUCUGACUGACAAGGGGAAGUCUGUCACUAUCCCGACCUGUCCAAACUUUUGUCUCUGUGACUCGGAUUCCUUGAAUGCUAACUGCACCCUGGAGCAUGGUGUGUCCUCUCUGGAUGAAGUUCAUGACCAGAAAUGGUUAUUAGUUAAUCUCAGGUUGUCAGGAAACUACACUUGUCUUCCCGUAGAAUUUCAGGGACAAAUCUCACUUCAGACUCUAAAAUUUACCAACAGUUUCUUAUCGUCUCUCUCCUGUGAAAGCUGGGUUAUUUUACCAAACAUUGUGGAAAUGGAUCUGAGUGGGAAUUACAUCGGCUUUCUUCAAGACCAGCAUUUUAUAUCUUCAGAAAAGUUAAAGAUUCUCAACCUCAGCAGUAAUGCAAUAUGCAAGAUAGAUUCUCUGACAUUUGGGAAACAGAAUCUGUUAGAGAAGCUAGAUUUGAGCCAUAACCAGCUAGCUUCAUUAAAUGACAAAGUAUUUGAGACCUUGACCAGUUUGACAUACCUUGAUCUGAGUCACAACUAUUUGAGUCAUAUCCAUGAUUCUGUCUUCAGAAGUCUGCUGAAACUUAUGACUUUAAAACUGAACAAUAAUAGACUUGUGGGAAUGACCUUUGACACCGUUAGUGCUUUGCCGUCCAUUCACUCAGUGUCGCUUUCUGGAAACAAUUGGGAAUGUUCUUGCAUGUUGGAAUCACUAUUAAAAUAUGUACAGUCCAACACACAAAAGUUUGUGGAUGAACCAGCUCGUUGCUCUGUUCCCCAGAAUGUACAGCAUGAAUUAUUGUCGAAGGUUCCUAUCUCUGAUCUGCCCUGUCCACCACCAAACAUUUCCCAGGUGUCACACAGCAAGAAUUUCGUUGCCCGGAAUAACAUUUACCUGUCCUGUGGGGCUAGUGUAUUUCCUCACGCCCAGAUCUACUGGAAGAAUGCCUGGGGUCAGGCCUUCGCCCAUCCGUCUGUUAGACUGGACUGGGAGAGUUUAAAUGUUUCUGCAGUAAAAACGAUGCAGGAGUAUGUCUGGGCUGCGGAGUGUAUUGACAGAAACACUGUCGUUCGUGCCGAAGAGGAUGGAAGCUUGUACAUUGAAAACAUCCAUGGGAGUUUCGCUGGCGAUUACACGUGUUACGCUGUCAACCGUGGUGGUCAGACCAACAUAACAAUUACUGUCGUGGUGAUCAGCGUCAUUUGGCCGGCAUUCAAUGAAAGUCUCAUCUAUGGUGCUGCUACAUCAGGCCUUAUGCUACUUAUUGGUAUAUUUGUUGGUAUUAUCAAGACAUGCAGGUCAUGCUGUAAGAAAUGUUCCUGUCGUUGCUGUCGCUGUUGCUGUUGUUGCAAAAUUACUGAAAAGGAAUGUGAGAAAGAAAAGGAACCUGAGGAAUAUGUGUCUGCUGCGUCCUCCAUGUUGGAUGAUUAUGACCAUAGUUACUACAAAUCUGAUGAUGAUUACGAUGGUUCAAGGUCACCAAUCAGCUGGGGUCAAACCCCAAGGUCAUCACCACAGAAAUGUAAUACUCCAACUGUGGAAUCAAAAGAGAGAUGGCAAAACAUUUCUGGUACAUUGGAUGAGGUUAAGAUUCAACUUGAAAGGAAAAUGGAGAAAGUGCGCUGUCAUGUUCACAGCAUAAAGGAGUCGGGAUCUCAAUAUAUAAUGACAAUCAAGGACACGGGAAGUCAGGCUGCCACAAAGGUCAAGGCCGGUAUGGUUUUGGGAGUCGAGCAGGUGAAGUCUGGUGUCCAGUCAAUGAAAGAGUUUUGUGGGACGGGUGAGAUGGGAACGCAGACAAUCUCUGUGAUUUCAGUGUCCACCGACAUUGACACGAACCAACAGACAGAGGUGGUCAAGUCAAUGAAGCUGACUUAUGUAUGAUCUUAUUCAAUGAUUUAUAUAAUAUUUACAUGUAUGUAUAUGCUUUUGUUCUCUUAUAGACUUAUUUUCUAUGCUUCAAAAGCUACAAUAGGGACAUCUUCAAGACAAACUAUGAUAUAUACUCUGACGGUAUUUUAUGAUAUUAUUAUCCCAACCACCUGUUUAUGGCUCCACUUUGUGGUCUACUUAACUCCUAUACCAAUCCAUACAUUUUAGUAUUGGUCCUUGUAGCCCUAGUUGUCCUAAUUGUCAUUCCAGGUUCCAAUGCUGGACAAUACUAGAUUCGAUUAGUCAUGGUGCCCUAGUGCUUGUCCCAAGAAGUCCCCAUCGGGCCGCCUAGUGGUCUUGAGUUCAUUCUUUUGGAUUUUCAACCAUCACUAGUGGUCUCUACAACUCCACUUGGUCUCUGUCUCAAUCAAUUUCUGAUGGUAGAUUUGAUGCUCUGAGUUUAAAGUGCUAUAUAAUGACCUCUGUGAUUGAUCCUGGAGACGAUUCUGUCUUCACAGUCAUUAUUUAAACUUUAUUCUUUAUACCAGGUAGUUAUAUAAUUAGCUACUACUCCAGGCCAAGGUAGUUAUAUAAUUAGCUACUACUCCAGGCCAAGGUAGUUAUAUAAUUAGCUACUACUCCAGGCCAAGGUAGUUAUAUAAUUAGCUACUACUCCAGGCCAAGGUAGUUAUAUAAUUAGCUACUACUCCAGGCCAAGGUAGUUAUAUAAUUAGCUACUACUCCAGGCCAUAUUGUUACACCAUAUAGUAACUUUUCCCCAAAAAAUAAAUAUUUCAUGAU